AUGUCCACUCAAAACUUAAACACUGGCCCAGCCAAGCACUCUGGACACAAGGAAGCCACUGAAGAUCACACUGUAGCUGCCAAGCUUGAGUCUCAAGCUGAAGGAGGAGACUACGAAGCGCUCUUGAAAAGUCGAAUCCUCGACAACAGUCAAGUCUCUCGUGCUGCUUUGUACGACGAAUCAGACUUCCUCUGUGUCGCUUCGUCACCCAAGCAAUUUAACGUAGAACCAGAUGAUGUCAGAAAGAUUCUCGAUGGUCUCUUGACUUUUGCUAGACAAGGCGAUCCCACAGCUGCAUCUGGGGAUGGUCAAGCCCCACAGAACUUGAAGCUUGGUAGUGAGGGAAGCGCCUCCGUCAAGACUGGUAAUGCAGAUUACAUAGUUGCGGAACUGUCCGGCAAGCUCAUCAUCGCUAGUCGAACGGCCAAGCUCGUGCUGAUUGUGGAAGGUGCUGAUGGAGCCAACCAAGCGCCCCUAGAGAACACCGUGCAGUCAUUCACCGAGGGUUUACAAAAGUUGACAGAUCGGGUCGUCAACUUGAACACGAAGUUGAGUGAUUAG